AUGAACAGCUUCGAUACUUUACGAAAGGAACAAGCUAAUAUAGAGCACCUAUUAAGGACAAUUCCGUUUAAUGACAAUUGUAGUGUUGAUUCGAAGCAUUUUUUAAAUAUUUAUCAACUAACCUAUGAAGACAUGCUGAAAUUAAAUGGGAAUGAUGUUAAAUUCCCGAUUGAUUCUAAUAAAUUACUCAAAUUAGGCAUAUCUUUGGGAAACUUGAUAAAGUCAUUACAGUAUGAUGAGGAAACAUACUCGCAACAAAAACAGCAACAACAACAAAGAUUAUUUAUGAAUAGUUUGGAUCCUAAAGCACGCAAAAUCAAUCCAAACCCCAGGAAUAAUGAACCCUACAACCCAUUUAGAGAUCAGCAAUACAAUUACUCAACAAAUAAUACUGAUACAAGUCAACCGAUCUAUCAAUUAAAAUUUAUCAGGAAUUUAUUAAGUAUACUCAAGAAUUUUGAUAUUGGCAAUAAUUAUUCUGUAAGUCAAAAACUACAGGAUGUAUCAUUGAAUAGUUCAAAUGCAACUAUGAAUCAAUACGAUGUAUCUACGUCGCCAAUCAAGUUAAAUUCCAAUCAAUUGUUGAUUGAGAAAUUGGAGAUUAACAUUAAUUUAGAUACAAUAUUCAUAUACAAAAUGAUUAUUCAGCUAUUUCAGGAAAUUUACGCUAAUAUUGAAAAACACUUACUCCAUGUCAGGCAAGCCAGCUCUAAUAAUGAAGAGAUACCUAAUAAUUCACCGAAGGCAAAUCCAGCUGUCUUCUCGCCUGAUUCCAAUAAUACCGGUUCGUCAGGGGCGCCAGUUGAUGAAUACGAUAAAUUAUUGAAAAAUGCCAUUAACAAGGUAUCUAAUGGAUUAAUUGAUCCAUUUACAAGAUUAAUUAUCAACCAAGUUGUACUGCCAUCAAUUAAUGGUCAAGUAAACAACUUUUUGAGUAGUUUAACCUAG